ACUGCGUUCGUGGUUUCUCUCGUGUGUAUAGAAUAAAAAGAUAUCUGAAUACAACACAAUUAAAUACAUGUAUUUGUACGCUUGUGUCUUCGUUGGAAUAGGUGUGUAUGCUAUGUCAGUUGGUUCUUCUGUUGCAGGCAUGUGUUUGGCCAGCUAUGUGGGGCGGGUUGAGCAUGACCUGUGAACCAGGAAGUGCGGGAAUCGGUGUGUGUGUGCUUUUGGUAUUGAAAUCCUUAAGCAAAGAUUGAUUUAAGCUGCUUUUGUAUCGAUAUAAGCAGACCAAAUUGGCUGGCGGGAGAUGAAAAGGGCAUCGUAGUAACCGGAUUAUCAUAAUAACCGGGUAUCGUACUAACUGAACUAAUUAUAUCAUAAAAGACUAGAAAUUUGCCGGGAAAUGAAAAUAGUAUCGUAAUAAGCAGUAAUUCGUUAUAACCGAUAUCGAUAUAACGAGACUUUACUGUAUAUUCAUGGCUGUUUGUGUUUAUGUCUUUAGAACCAUGUGGCUAAAAAUGGUAGCUAUUGUCCUCCUGGCUACAGAAGCGUCAGCUACCCUGAGUCACCACGCUACCGCCUUGGCUGACAACUCCUCUAAUUUAGCUUUCAGGCUUUAUCAAAACAUAGCAAAGGAAAAAAGCGAGGAAAAUAUCCUGAUUUCUCCAGUGGUGGUCGCUUCUUCUCUGGGUCUUGUCGCUCUCGGCGGACGGGCCUCCACUUCCUCUCAGGUGAAAAGCGUUUUAAAUGCAAGCAAAGUGACGGAUGAGGAGCUUCAUUCCGGUUUGGCUGAGAUCGUGACCGAGGUCAGCGACCCAGAGACUCGUAACGUGACCUGGAAGAUAAGUAACCGUUUAUACGGACCCAGUUCGGUCAACUUUGUAGAUGCUUUUGUGAAAAGCAGCAAAAAACAUUACAAUUGUGAGUACUCGAAAAUAAACUUCAAAGACAAGAAGAAAGCACUGAACGCCAUCAAUGAAUGGAUCGUGAAGUCCACAGAUGGAAAAGCGCCCGAGAUGACGAAACACGUACAAAAAACCGACGGUGCCGUCAUCGUCAACGCGAUGUUUUUCAAACCUCACUGGGAUGAACAGUUCCAUCCUAAAAUGGUGGACAAGCGUGGAUUCAUGGUCUCGCAUGGUUUCACCGUCUCUGUCGAUAUGAUGCACCGCACAGGUAUCUAUGGCUUCUUUGAUGACCCGACCAAUAAGCUGUCCAUCCUGAGCAUGCCAUUGGCUCAAAAAAAGUCGACCUUGGUCUUCAUCAUGCCGCACCAUGUGGAGAAUCUGAACAGACUGGAGAAGAUCCUGACCAAGAAGCAAUUAGACACUUGGAUGAGUAAACUCCAACAGACUGCAGUUGCCAUGUCUUUACCCAAAGUCACGAUGGAAGUCAGUCACAACUUGGAGAAACACCUCGAGAAGUUGGGUUUGACAGACGCAGUGAACAAAUCCAAAGCGGACUUAUCCAACAUCUCUGGGAAGAAGAACCUCUAUGUGUCCAGUGUGUUCCAUGCGGCCGCCAUUGAACUUGGCACAGAAGGAAACGAGAUAGACAUGAGCGUCUUUGGAACUGACGAGAUAAAAUCUCCUAAACUCUUCUACGCUGACCAUCCUUUUAUCUUCUUGGUGAAGGACCAAAACACAUCCUGCAUUCUCUUCAUCGGAAGGAUGGUCAGGCCGAAGGGGGAAAAGAUGAGAGAUGAAUUAUAACCAUUCCUAUUCAUUCCCGUCUCGUGGUGAAACCAUUCCAUAAUGGGAAUGUGUCUUAGUGACUUUAUUAAAGGGACAAAAACAAAUGACUUGAAUUUUCGGAAGCCUCAUCAGGAACCAUAUUAGGAUGAUGAUGCAGUACGAUGUUUUUUUUCUUAUCGCACUAAACUAAAUUGUUUUUAUUUUCAUCAAAACUAUUUAACAAUUAGCAAUAAAAUUUGGAAAAAAAUAUAUCAUAAUAAAGAAAUUAAAAAUAUCAUUCUCCUCAUGUUAGUUGAUUUAUGUUUCAAUCCAUUGCCUCCGAUGGGUUAGCACAGAACCAGCUAGCCUAAUAAGCAUCAUGGACUCAAACCAAAAUGGACUCUAACCAAAGCAAACUUUCCAAUAGGAUAUAAUGCAAAUCCAGUUAAUUAAAUUGUAGACGAUAAUGAUAGUUUUACAUGCAGGGGAUUUUGCAAAAAUUGUUACAAAUGACAAAUUAAUGGAC